AUGCCCCGGCGCGGCGGUACCGCCCCUGGCGCGCGCGCCAGCGCGGCGCACGAUGACGACGAGUUUGCCUUCCCGACAUCGACGUCGGCGCCGCGCGAGAGCGACGACACGCCGUCGCCGUCUCGGCCAUUCAAUUUCAACGAGAAUUUAAGCCCGAGCCCGAUAUUCGCCCCUGGACACCACACGGCGAGCGCGCGAGACGUCACGGUGAUCACCAUGGGUGUGGCCGUCAUCGCGAGCGCGUGCGCCUGUUGGUUGCUCCAGGUGCUGGCGUAUUUGCUGAGACCGUUGGUGACGGCGACCGGAGCGGCGCUGCUGCUGCGACCGCUAGUUGAUUUCGUGAGCGACGCGGCGUAUCAGCGCGAAACAUUGCGAAGGAAUCGAUUGCGAUUGUGCUGUCCGCGAGUGUUCACGGUACCGAGGAUCGUGGCGAUCGUGCUGGCGCUAGUGGUUGUGUGCGCGGUGUUCGGGACGUUGGUGUGGGCGUUAUAUCUCGGGCGCGUGUACUUCUUGGUGCACUGGAACGACCCCGACUGGAAUUCGAGGUUCACGAGUCGAAUUAAUGACUUAGGACGAAGCAUGAGCGAGAUGGCGAAGCGCGUGUUCAAGAAAGAUGACGUUGCGGAGGAGGCAUGGGCGCGUUUGUUGGCGAACAUCGAAGCCACGCUGAAGGAUGAAGAGUUUUGGGAGACGCUCGGCGUAGGAGUGUUUCACUACAUGCAAGAUAUCAUGCUCAUGCUGUUCUACACUUUGUUCUUGCUCGCACCGCGCCGAGAGUUAUCGAGGGCGCGUUCGCUCGUGGCGAGACGAAUUCACAAGGCGACGCGGCGGUUCGUUUCCAUCAUGGUGCAAAUUGCCGUCGUGCGGGCGCUUUCCGUGGGAUCGUUGCUGGGACUGUGCGGUGUGCCGUGGCCGCUGGCGAUCGCCGUGGCGAUCGUUUCGUUCUGGCUCUUCUUCAUUCCGACUUUAGGAUCCAUCGUGGCGUCGAUCCUGCCUUUGCCAAUGAUCGUGCUGCUGCCGGAUUUGACGGAACGCCAGCGCGUCGCAGGAUCGAUCAUUCCAAACUUGGUUUCGUUUUUAGUCGGAGAUUUGAUAGGGCCGGUGGUAUAUCGCAAAGGACUAGAUUUGAAUGAAGUCACGGUCUUGCUCGCGCUUGUGUUCUGGUACUCGGUUUGGGGAGCCGCUGGGGCGGUGCUGGGUGUGCCCUUGACCUGCGCGUUAAAGAUUGUCUUGGAGGAGAUGCCUCACGAGGGCGCGCACGCGCUCGCGGCGGUGAUGGCGCCGGUGCAAAACGACACGACCGUAAACGGAGACACCGCGUCCGCUGUUCGUGUUCCGAUGACAUUGACGUUCAUUGCUUGGUUGAAGCGCACGUGCGGUCGGCUGUUCAGGCCCUCGGGAACGACGCAACCAAGACGCCGCGCCGACGAGGAAGCGCUCCUCGCCGAGUCGUCUUCGGACAGUGAAUAA